AUGCGUUUCGUCAAGGACUCGGACGCUGCUUUGCUCGCAUCGCGGGCGCGCUUCGCUGCAUACAUCACACAGAUCCUGGACUUUCUCGUCUUCUACCCACACAUUGCAACCAUGUCGAAAGCGGUCUCGCAGCGGGCAUCUGCCAACUCGCUCCGCAGCAAUCAGAGACAGCACAAACGACACGUCUCGCUUCGUAACCUUCCCGACCAGCCUGGACCCGAAGAUCACAUCCCCCCUGCACUCGCUCUAGAAGCGCCUUCGCCUCGCGAUUCUGCCUUCUCCUUCAGCUCGACGGAACAACACCUUGGCGCAGGAACGUCGAACACAAACAGUGCCGCGCAGACGGCUCGCAACGGUACCUUCCUCGGCACUGCACCGUCCGUCAGCCGAAACAGCAGUCACAUCCGUCGUCCCACCACCGAAGCGGAUGCGCAAGAGAUCGACCGUCUGCUCGAAUCCGAGGGCGAAGAUGGCGUCAACCUCAUCAAGGUCGUCGAGCGUCAGGAUGUGUUUCACCUGAUCCACGAGAUCCGCGCAGAUCUUCGCAAGACCAUCGACACGCAUCUCAGCUGGGAAGAGCUCACCUCGGUCGAUCUCAACUUUUCGCUGGUCCGACCGCUGGCGAUCAAGUACAGCAACUUUCGCUCGAUCGCCAUCCUCUACUGCCUCAUGCUCAAUCGCAUCUACUUUCAACGCGAGGCGACGCGCGAUCUCGCUUUCCAGUCGGUCAAUAAUACUCGUGCUACGCUGUGCGAGCUGCUGGCGAUGAAGCUGCUCCGCACAUUUUCGAACGACGGUCUCGAGCUUGUCACGUCGCUCACUGCGAGCUUCCAUCCGUUAGCCGGCGCUAAUUACCAGGAGCUGAAAGAGCUGCAGCUGUCGACAUCACACGUCGACUUGGAAGACAUUGUCAAGCACGGUCUUGCUGCCAAGCAGUACUCGAACACGCUCGAACUGGCCAUCGCAUCGUCGGCCAAACGCUUCAUCUCGACGCCGCUCUGUCAGCGCUGCAUCGACGGUAUCUGGCACGGCAAGGUGGUGCUCUCUCCGAUGCAGGCGUCGCAUGCCAUCCUCAACGAUAGCUACAAGAAACGGCCGCUCAGCAUCUACGACCCGACCAAGGCGCCUUUGCUCAAUCACUUGCGUCUCCGCGUUCCGUCGAUCCGCAGCAAGCUCGAAUUCGUCACGUUUGUCGUCAUUCUGAUUCUGUACGUCGCGGCAUUGGCGCAGAAGGGGAGUCCGACGUGGACGGUUCAAGAGACGCUUUUCUCGAUCUGGCUGUUCGGGUUCGCUGUAGACGAGUUGGCACAGCUGCAGGAGCACGGAGUGUCGCACUACCUCGGCACGCUGUACAACCUCAUCGACGCCAUGUUUUGCAUCAUCGGCUUUUGCUGGUUCGGUCUUCGCGUCUCGGCCCUUCAACACGGCUUGCCGGCGCGGAGCGAUCUCAGCUUCGACUGCUUGGCAUUGGGGGCGGUGCUGCUGUGCCCUCGUGUGGCGAGCUCGUUGGUGCAGGACAAUGUGGUGUUGCUCAGCCUGAAAGCUAUGCUUUCUGACUUUGCCUUUUUCACGGUGCUCGCCAUGAUCUGCUUUUCGGGUUUUGCGUAUGCGUUCUACUCUCUGGCUGCCGAAGAGCGAUGGACGUUCAAGGCGGUGCUCUGGUUGAUGCUCAAGGUGUGGUUCGGCAGUUCCUACCUCGGAUUCGACGAAGCGGAAAGCUUCUCGCUCACGUUCGGUCCCCCACUCAUGAUUAUCUACACCAUCAUGAGCAACACUCUGCUGCUUACCGUCCUCAUCUCACUGCUCAGCAACACGUUCCAGGUGGUGGCGAUGAACGCCAACGAGGAAGCCAUGUUCCAGUUCGCAUGCAAGACCAUGUCCGGUAUCACCACGGAUGCGAUUUUUUCGUAUCAACCUCCACUCAACCUGCUGGCGGUGGCGGUGGUGAUGCCGUUGAGCUUCGUGGUAUCGCCGAGAUGGUUGCACAAGAUCAACGUGUUUCUGAUACGGCUGACGAGCUUCCACGUGUUGUUGAUCAUACACUUUGCGGAGUUGAACGUGUUUGGACAUGGGAUCAGUUUGACGGCGGAGAAGGGGAGGGGGUUGUUGGGGAAGUUGGGUGUCCUUGGUUCCGGAUUGGAUGGAGCGAGUGCGGAUGUUAUUGAGGCUGCGUUUGAUUAUGUGCCGGAGGAGGAUAAGGACGAGUGGGAGGGAGUGGGAGCGUCGGGGGAUGAAGCCGAUGGUGAAGCCGACGAGGACGGUGGAGAUGGGAAAGGUGGGAAUUGGGAGGAGAGAGCGGCGAAUCAGUUGGAGCAUGAUUUGACGGCUGAACCGCAGCCUGGAACUGGUUCUGCGAUCGCCUCGAGCCACCACCAGCAUGCCCAGCAGCCCACUGAUGCCGGUGCUUCAUCAACGCAAGAAGCCAUGCCACGAACAUUUACGCAAUCCUCGAUCGCCAACAGCGUCACUUCGCGCCGAACCCGUGACGCUCCGGUAAACCGAUCCGUCCAACUGCUUCGACGUGGACCGGAACCGCGUGGACUCGGUUCGCUCACCUCACCCCUCGCCAAGCUAUUCGGCUCCAUCGAUCCCAACGAACUCGAACGCGAGAUCCCACGGCGGUCCGGAUCCAAACGCAGAGUCGACGAUCCACGAUCGCAAGAAUCCAGUCCUACGCGUCGUCCUCGCAGAUCCAUCACACGAUCUGACUCGAACCGCGACGCAAGAAGUGGAUCUGCUCUCACCGCGAUAGGAGAAGCAACAGGCUCCUCCGCAGCAGCGGCAGCAUCAGAUGUGGAGUUUAGCAGCAAGGACAGCGUCGAAAACGAGCUGAGGGACGUGGCAAGAAGAGUGCAGGAGAUGGAGGCGAGAGGAAAGAGGAUGGAGGAUCUGCUGUUGAAGCUGCUCGAGAAGCAGACGCGAUAG